CAACUCAUACAAAUGUAUCCUUUCCCAGACGCAGGAGUGGCCUUCCUGAACUCAUGUUGCCCUGCCCUUCCAGGACUACCACCAGUACCAGGGUUCCUUUCAGCAGCUGCACUACCAACUGAAACUGAAAACCGAAGAAGGAAUUAAAUCGUGAGUAUUUGUACAAUCUGGAACAAAAAUGAUUUCCCCAAAAGACGUCCUGAGAAAAGAUCUGAGGACAGUCAGUGGCUGUCCCAUCACCUAUGCUUUUGCAGACAACUGGGAAAAGGUUGAACAUUUCCAAAGCAGGCCAGAUGACAUCGUGAUAGCCACCUACCCCAAAUCAGGUACCACUUGGAUAAGUGAAAUUUUGGACAUGAUUCUAAACGAUGGAGAUAUUGAAAAGUGUAAGCGAGAUUUUAUAACUGUUAAAGUUCCGAUGUUGGAAAUGGCUGUGCCUGGACUAAGAAUUUCAGGUAUAGAACAAUUAGAGAAGAAUCCAUCACCCCGGCUUGUGAAGACACAUCUACCAGUUGAUCUCCUUCCGAAGUCUUUCUUGGAAAACAACUGCAAGAUCAUUUACUUGGCUCGAAAUGCCAAAGAUGUUGCGGUCUCUUUUUACCAUUUUGACUUAAUGAAUAAUUUGCAACCUCUUCCAGGAACCUGGGAAGAAUAUCUAGAGAAAUUCUUGGCUGGAAAUGUGGCUUAUGGUUCCUGGUUUAAUCAUGUUAAAAGCUGGUGGAAGAAAAAGGAAGAACACCCAAUACUUUUCUUACUCUAUGAAGAUGUGAAAAAGAAUCCAAAGCAAGAAAUUAAGAAGAUGGUUAGAUUUCUAGAGAAGAACCUGAAUGAUGAAAUCUUGGAUAAGAUUAUCUACCAUACUUCAUUUGAAAUGAUGAAGGACAACCCUCUGGUGAAUUACACACAUCUACCCAGCACAGUGAUGGAUCACAGCAAAUCCCCUUUCAUGCGCAAAGGGACUGCAGGUGACUGGAAGAAUUACUUCACAGUGGCCCAAAAUGAGAAAUUUGAUGCUAUCUAUAAAAAGGAAAUGUCUGAAAUUGAACUCCAAUUCUGCACAGAGAUUUAACAACCUAAACUGAAAAUGUGAAGAAAAGAAACCUGCCUGCAUUUUGUUGAAACAGGGGCAGUUAUGACUUGGACAAUCAAAUGGUUUUAUAAAAGAAAAAAAUGUACUUUUAAAACUUCUAAUUUUUAGUGUUGUUAAUCAGGUCUUCAUUCACCCUGAGCUUCCAAAUUCCCUAAAAUUAGGACCAAUUUUUACCUUUUGGUAGGCUAUUCCUACCUUUUCCUAGACUUGUACUGACAAAAGAGAAAGUUCCCUACUUAAUCUCUAUACAUUAAGGUUUAGAAUUAAGUUCAAUUUCCCAUUAACAUGGCCCCAGAAGUGCUGCUUUCACACUGGCACCACAUUUCCUAGCUCUGCCCUAAUUUCCCUUUUCUGAACACUUGACCCGGACACUCUGUUCCACUGCUGUCUUCUGGAUUUCACUUUGUUCCCUGAGUCAUAGCUCAUUUUGCAGUGUCUCUUUUGAAUUAUAUGAUUCAUGUUCAGAUAAUGUGGUUCAGAUUUGGGGAAUGUUGUUUCUAUGCCUAAUUUUUGUGUAUCCCAAACUUCUGAUUUCUGAGUAUGUAAUUGUCAAGUCUCCAAAAUGAAAGGUUUUCUUUAUUCUCCCUAAGGCUCUUCUCUGGUAAUAGGAGCUCUGCUCUGAGGCCCUGGUCUGAGGCCUGGAACCUAUUUCCUAUGGAGAGUCCUUUCAAAAUUCAACAGCUUCUUCUGAAUUCCUGAGAAUUGCCUAUUGCCAUGACAUGGUUACCAUUUGGGAACUUCAGUUUCUUCAUCUUGUGUCUGGACAGAAGUGGGUCCCUCAAUAGCACAUUCAGUACCUCAAAUAUGAUCAUAGCAACCCAUAAAACCCUCCCAAUCAACUGCCCGUGAGAGACUAUCUAGGCUGAAUCUCCACUACCUCUUCCAGACCCAAUGUCCCUCCUGCCUACUCUUCCACACUUAUGUCUAUGGGCUGGGAGCCUUGAUAGAUGCUUCCUUGGAAGGGAAGUCUUUCAGUAAGUGAUUACAAAUUGUAAGGCAAACUUUUACAGAAAAUGCCUCAUUUAAUAAGAUUCAUGAGCAUUUUAUUUUUAACUAAACUAUAGUCGAUUUACAAUAUUAUAUCAGCUUAAGGUGUACAACAUAGUGAACCAAGCAGGGCCCUGUGGGCUCCUGGGCAUGGAAGCCUUUCUGUGUCCCCCAAUUCUUAUUUUUAGGAAAUAAUCCUCAUUCAGCCUCCAUGAACUUCCCUGAAUUCCAAAGGCAUGUUCUAGCAGUUGCUAGUCAGGGAAGGGAGGGGAUGCAGAGACCAGGGAGGAGCAGUCAAGAGACAACAGUGCAGCCUUAGGGCAGGGUCCUGCUUCCUUCUCAAGUAAUGUACAUUAAAAUACACAACACCACACACACACACACGUGUGUGUGUGUGUGUGUGUGUGUGUGUUGUAUAUAUAUAUAUAUAUAUGUAUAUUUUAUUUCUUCUGCAGAAAUAAAACUCCAAUGAAUGAAAGAUGUUAUGAAGCAUUCUUCAUUCUAGGACCACCAGCACCAGUCCCAGGGCCACUAAAUACUAACUUUGAAGAAGAAUGCAAGCUUGCAUCUAACCUGAUCCUUAUCUGUGGCUCUAUUUUCUACUUGAAAACUAUAAAAUCACUUCCUAUUCUUCCCUAAAUGAGGGCACAGUCUUUAAGGCAUUAGCCUGUUGUGGCAUCGUUUGUUGGGCAAACAAUAAAGCUAUUUUUUUUCUUCUUAACCCAAAACUCUGUCUCUGUGUUUCUAUUCAGCACCAGUGGACAGAGCCCAAGUUUUGGCAAUAAUGGUGUCAAUUUAUUAAUAGACUGUACUCCAUUUAAAUACAUUAAAAUAUGGGAGUUCCCACUGUGGCUCAGUGGUAAUGAACUCAACUAGCAUUCAUGAAGAUGUUGGCUUGAUCCCCGGCCUUGCUCAAGGGGCUAAGGAUAUGGUGUUGCCAUGAGCUGUGGUAUAGGUAGCAGACGUGCCUCAGAUCCCGCAUUGCUGUGACUGUGAUGUAGGCCGGCAGCUACAGCUCCAAUUCAACCCCUAGCCUGGGAACUUUCAUACCCUGGCCAGCUAUCCACACAGUUACAAUCUGCCCUCUCUGCCCUGUUUCAGCUUUAAGCAAGCAUGUGCAUGCUCCUUAUGAAUGGAGUCCAAGCUUGCCACAAUUCUGUUUGUCCCAUCAUUCCUUCAACCAACCAAAGGGACUUGUCUUCCAAUGUUGAACCCAAGGGCUGGGGCAUCCAAUCUGUUCCUUGAACCACUUACUCCCUAGGGAGGGUCUCUGCCCAUGUAAUCUCCCUUUUUCUCUGAGUCCCCUCCUAGGGGCAUAGGUCUUGACAUUAUCUCUACUCUUCCCUUUUUAUUGAUUCCAUAUAGAUCUUUCUUACAAUCUUGGAUAUGCAAUGAUCUUUCUUACCAGUCUCCUGUUAGUUUCAGUGAGAAUUGUUUCACAGGUGGGUGUUUUUUUGUUGUUGCUGUUGUUUUGGCUGCCCCAUGGCAUACAGAGUUCCUGGGCCAGGGAUCAGAUCCAUGCCACAGGCUGGGAACUAAACCACAGCUGCAACAAUGCCAGAUUCUUAAUCCAUUGUGCCAGGCCAGGGUCUAACCCACAUCCUAGCACUCCCAAUAUACUGCCAGUCCUGUUGUGCCACAGUAGGAGCUCCUAUAACUUAUUUUUAAUGUGUUCAUGAGGGGAGAUGAGUUCCACAUCCUCUUACUAUGCCGUCUUGAUCUCUUCCUGUUUCAAUUAGUUCUUAAACCCAGCUAUAAUUACACAUUGAUAAACCCAUACAGAAUUCAGCAUCAUUUCUAGCUCUGUUUAAUUUUUUAUUGCUAUAAGUGUCAGAAAAAAAUAGUGUAAAUAAAAUAAUAGGACUUA